GGGUGGACUGCUGGUGGCCGGUGUCGCCGCGUCCAGCUCGGUGCCACGCCCCGGCCGGUGCUGCGGGAGCCCCAGCCAUGCUGUUCUGGCAUACGCAGCCCGAACACUACAACCAGCACAACUCUGGCAGCUACCUGCGUGAUGUGCUGGCUCUGCCCAUCUUCAAGCAGGAGGAGCCACAGCUAUCUCCUGAGAAUGGGGCCCGCCUGCCACCCCUGCAGUACGUGCUGUGUGCUGCCACCUCCCCAGCUGUGAAGCUACAUGAAGAGACCUUGACAUACCUCAAUCAAGGUCAGUCAUAUGAAAUCCGACUGCUGGAGAAUCGGAAGCUAGGGGACUUCCAAGAUCUGAAUACGAAAUAUGUGAAGAGUAUCAUCCGUGUAGUUUUUCAUGACCGCCGGCUACAGUACACAGAGCACCAGCAGUUGGAGGGCUGGCGGUGGAGCAGGCCUGGGGACCGUAUCCUGGACAUUGAUGUUCCACUGUCUGUUGGUAUCUUGGACCCCAGGGCCAGCCCAACCCAACUGAAUGCUGUGGAGUUUUUGUGGGAUCCAGCAAAGAGAGCAUCUGCAUUCAUUCAGGUGCACUGUAUUAGUACAGAAUUCACCCCCAGGAAGCAUGGGGGUGAGAAAGGAGUGCCUUUUCGGGUGCAGAUUGACACGUUUAAGCAGAACGAGAAUGGGGAAUACACGGAGCAUCUCCACUCUGCCAGCUGCCAGAUCAAGGUGUUCAAGCCAAAGGGAGCUGACCGGAAACAGAAAACCGACCGGGAAAAGAUGGAAAAAAGAACAGCUCAGGAGAAGGAGAAGUACCAGCCAUCCUAUGAAACCACCAUCCUCACUGAGUGCUCUCCGUGGCCUGAUGUAGCCUACCAGGUGAACAGUGCUCCAUCCCCAAGCUAUAAUGGCUCUCCCAACAGCUUUGGCCUCGGUGAAGGCAACAGCUCACCUACGCACCCCGUGGAGCCCUUGCCCCUGGGCAGUGAUCACCUGCUCCCCUCAGCCUCUAUCCAGGAUGCCCAGCAGUGGCUGCACCGCAACCGCUUCUCACAGUUCUGCCGGCUCUUCGCCAGCUUCUCGGGUGCUGACCUGCUGAAAAUGUCUAGAGAUGAUUUGGUCCAGGUUUGUGGCCCUGCAGAUGGGAUUCGACUCUUCAAUGCCAUCAAAGGCAGGAAUGUGAGGCCAAAGAUGACCAUCUAUGUCUGUCAGGAGAUGGAGCAGAAUCGACUACCCUUGCCACAGGAGCAGGAUGGCAGCGGGGACAAUAGCCUGUUUGUGUACCAUGCCAUUUUCCUGGAAGAGCUGACCACCCUGGAACUGAUCGAGAAGAUCGCCAGCCUGUACAACAUCCCCCCUCAGCACAUCCACCGGGUUUACCGGCAGGGCCCCACUGGCAUCCAUGUGGUGGUGAGCAAUGAGAUGGUUCAGAAUUUCCAAGAUGAGUCUUGCUUUACGCUCAGCACGUUGAAAGCAGAGAGCAAUGACGGCUACCACAUCAUCCUGAAGUGUGGACUCUGAGCAGCCGCGACCUGCACCUGUCCCCACCCCAUGGACCCCUGGCUGUAGAAGUCACAUCAAUGUCAGCUGCUGUUUCACCUAAGGAGCUCAGACUAGGAGGGGCUCUGCCCAGACCAGGAAAGCUAACGACAGCCGUGGACACCAAGUCUGCCAUGCAGAAAGCCAGUGGCUGCCUUCUCCCUUCUCUUGGCUUUCAGCUUUCUAAAAGUCCCUCAUUCUGUUUCCCAGGCAGACAGUGGGGACAUACAUCUCUCACACUGUAGAUGGCAGCUCCUCAGUUGGUGCCUCCCCUGUUCCGCACCUCCCCCAGGCAGACAGUGGGGACAUACAUCUCUCACACUGUAGAUGGCGGCUCCUCAGUUGGUGCCUCCCCUGUUCUGCACCUCCUUCUUGGGCCACUGGCUUCAUGGCUAGCUCUGCCAACCAGGGACACCUUGCACAGCUCCCCUACCCUAAUGCCGACGUCCCUUCCAGGUGACCCUGGUGGCGACCUCUCUCCUGUUCUUGGAUGAAUUACUAGGACUGGGGCUAUUUAUUUCGUGCCUUCCAACUCUUUCUCGGUUGCCUUGUUUCUAAAGAUUUGCUCCAGUCAAACCUAGCAGCCUCUGCACGUUUCUGCCUUGACAUGGUAGAUUCCACAGUGUACCUGUGUGACCUCUCGUGGGCACUGUGUUCAGUUCAUUUUCUGUACUAUAAUAAGAUACCCUGACAAAGGCAACUAAAUGCAACCAGGGCUUGAGUGUUAAAGUCAUAAAUUCCAUACACGAAGGAUGCAGAGGGGAGAGAGAAUUGUAUGUGAACAAGAAGUAGUACAAUGUUACAAGCCGUCAGUGCCCACCCGCAGUGUCACACGUCCUCAGACAACACCCCCAGCUGGGACCACGUGUUCAAAUACACGAGCCUGUGGGAUACAUUUCUCAUUCACACCACACCUUUUGCCCCAUGUGACCUCUCCCAGAUGCUAAUUAGGGCGGCAACUGCUUAGGAGGAGAUAGCACAGAACUUGCUCACCAGCAAAGCGGGAUGAGAACAAAAUGAUUCCUCUUGGGCUACUACAGUGUAGAAUACCGAAGAGGUGUGGAUUGCAUUGGAUCCAGUGACCUUGACCAUCAGUUUAGAA